CGGCGAGCGAGCGAGCGAACGAUACGAACGAGGGACGACCACGCCGUCUUGGCAGGAGCAUGCAACGGCAGCACUUCGUGCCCGGAGGAGAAGAGCCAGGAGGAGGACCGCCCGCCGACGAGAAGAAGCUCAAGAGACCCGCGACCGAGCCCUCCGCCGGCGACGAGGACGACCUGCCCCCACGAACGAAGCGGAGGAUGAAGGACACGCAGCAGAAGCCGAGCGCCGCCGGCGCGUCCCCGGCGGCGGCCUCCUCCGUCCGCGCCGUGCUGCAGGAGUUCCUGGAGCAGCAGCAGCGCCUGGACGCGCAGCGGCAGGAGGCGGCGGCGCGGCACGCGCAGGAGCGGCUGGCCUUGGAGCGGCAGUGGCGGCAGGAGAUGCAGCGGCUGGAGCGGGAGCGGAUGAUGCUGGAGCAGGCGUGGCGGGAGCGCGAGGAGCAGAGGAGGGCCAGGGAGGAGGCCAGGGCAGACAGGAGGGACGCGCUGCUGAACAACCUGCUCAACAGGCUCCUGCACGAAAACCUCUAGGGCGAGAUGAUCAGCACAAAAUUGUUACUGUGGUAGCGUAGUUCAUGGCAGUGUUAGGUGAUCAGUAGAAAUUCUUUGUUUACUUAAUUACUUGUCU